AUGUCUUACCGGAAAGAAGCUCGACUGAAAGCAGGUGCUAACUCGAUCCCGAUUCUCUUUCAAAGGAGGUGCCAUAUCCCGCGAAGGGUGAGAAAGACGUGGCUAACUCGACAGAGGAAGGAGCUAUCGGAAGGGAAGGAGAGCGAGGGCUCAGCCAAAGACAGAGGAUCU